GAGAGAGAGAGAAAGAGAGAGAGAGAAAAAACUAGGUCGCUGUUAUCUUGGCCUUUUUUCAAACUAGAGACGGAGAUUUCUGGAGAGCAAGCUGGAGUGAGGAGACGUUGGGUGAGCUCUGGUCAUUGAGUAGAAUACUCAAGCUGCAAAGCCUCAACAUCCGGGAACUUCAGGGUUGCAAGCAAAAUAACUCACACGGACCAUGCUUGAGAACAAGAAGGCCAAGGUGAGGUUCACCUUCUUUGUCAUCCUGGUGGGUAUCUCAGCCAUGUUCAUCGCUGUGGUGACAGAUCACUGGGCGGUGAUGAGCCCGGAAGUCAAGCAGCUCAACGACACCUGCGAGGCAGCCCACUUUGGGCUUUGGAGGCUCUGCAAGAAGACCAUCUAUAUUGAGGAGGAGGAGGCCAUUGGCAAGGGCUGUGGCCCCAUCAGCUUGCCUGGAGAACGGAACUGUUCAUACUUCAAACAUUUCACUCCUGGGGAAGAUGCGGAGGUUUUUGAAGUUAAGACUCAGAAAGAAUACAACAUCUCAGCAGCAGCCAUUGCCAUCUUCAGCUUGGCGUUCAUGAUCUUGGGCACACUCUGCCUCUUGUGUGCCUUUGGGAAGGGCAAAGACUACCUGCUGAAACCUGCUGGCAUGUUCUUCACCUUUGCAGGUGUUUGCGUAAUCAUCUCGGUGGAAGUGAUGCGGCAAUCCGUGAAAAGGAUGAUCGAGAGUGAGGACACCAUCUGGAUUGAGUAUUAUUACUCAUGGUCCUUUGCCUGCGCCUGCGCAGCCUUCGUCCUGCUCUUCCUCAGUGGAAUAGCCCUGCUCGUCAUCUCUAUGCCUCAAAUACCCCGUAACCCCUGGGAAACCUGCAUGGACGCAGAACCAGAGGCCGUCGAGUAAAGACCUCAAGGCGGACAAACGAGGCGCUCAAGUCAGGCUAUUUAAGACAGGAUUUCUGAAAGUGUGAGUAAAGAUUUUCAGAAGUAUGACUUGUCAAGAUAUAUUUUUUCGACGACUUUGUACUUUAAACCACCAACUGAAGCUUAAAGUUCAAUUUCAGUGUUUCCUUUUUUUUAAUAUAUAAGCAGUUUUUAUGCUUGAAGAGUGCUUUGCUCUGCUGCAGUAUAAUUGAAUAUUAAAAAUUUUUUUAUAUUUCUUAGCAGAACUAAUGAGGAAUUUUUUACGUAAACAGAAAGUAAAGCUACGUUGGUAUAAAAAAAACUGUUAGAAGUUGAUGUUGUGAUAGUCAAAAACAUACUAAAGUCACGGGCCCCGUUAUUAGGCUGUGUAGCAAUAAAACCUUUACAUACAACUGGAAAAUACUUAGAAUUAUUUCCAUUGCUUAGAGCACUGGAUGAAAUUAUUUUUGAAUAUAUACUUAAAAGAAAUCCUUUAAUUAAGCAUUAACACACUUUGACACCACAGGCUUUUGGGAGCUAAGAAAGCAAAAGGCUGUUUUUACUCGUGCGCCUGCAAUCAGUGUGCAGAAUGUUAAUGGCCAUUUGCCCCGUCUCUCUGAAAAGCUGAAUGCUGGACCGCAUUCAGGGAGCGCAGGUGUGCACGAAAAUGAAGGGAAACUCAGGCGGGAUCUAAGUUUAUUUUUACAGUAAACAAGCAGAUCUUCUUAGACAGGCUAGGGAACCCUGUGCAGUUGUCGAUGAAAUUUGUCUGAUUUAUCUAAACGAGGGUACCAUUUCCGUAUAUAUAGACUGUCCACGAUUUACAACAUAUGUCACUUAAGACAUCUCACACACAGUGCGACCAUCCCAGCCUCACAUGCAUCUCCCAGUCUCAUUCUCACACCUAAAAGUCAGUGCGAUAGCCCUAUUCCAACAUAUGUACAACCUCUGUGACUGAACAGAAGUCAGUCAAAAGUCAGGGACAGACUAGAUCGGCCUGUUUCUGUCGGAGGAUACAUUAAGGGUCGCUACUAACAGGGCCAACCCGCCCUACAGGCAGCAUAGGUGAUCGCCUAGGGCACCAUUUGAUUAGGGGGCGCAAUAGAGCAAGCGGGGGGAAAAAAAUAAUACAUGAUAUGAGUUAUUUACACUAAUUUUAAUAUUUUACUUUUGUUGUGAAACAGAUGCCAGCUAGCCGGUUAGCAGCCAGACACCAUGUGCUACCAAAAUGUUUUUCAUAUAAAUGAAAUGACAAAAUUUGUUUCCUGCUGCUGGGGAGUCUAGCCUGGGGUGCCAAACCACCCAGAGCCGGCCCUGGGGACUAACCUGGCAAAAUGCUUAAAUUCACUGCACUGAAAAGCACACAUGAAGCUUAGCAUUUCUUUUUUUUUUUUGUGCUGUUUGAAAUUUCAUACAACGCCCAUUUUAUGGCUUUUGUUUUGAAGAACAACAUGUUGAAUUUGUUCCAGAAAACAACACGGAAUGGUUAUCAUGUAUACCUCAUUCUUUUUCUUCUUUUAAAACAAGCCCUGUAAAAUUCAGCAGUAGCCUGUUUUUUUUUUAAUACUCAAAGUUAAAUACUGUUAUGAGGUUUCAACCAAUAGGCCUUAUACCAUAUGAAUGUGAAGCAUAAGAAUGACAGGAAAUGUCAGCUUUAAGUCACAUUAAGUAGUACGGGUUUGAUCAGAGGUAACAGAAUUAAAAUGGCAGAAAGUGCACAUUCUCUCUUUUUAUUGUGUUUCUACCAUGAUGUAAUCCUUUGGCAAAUGAAUUUUAAAUAAAAAAUAAAUAUAUAAACCGGC